AUGUCAAAUCCACAUCUACCAUUAUCACCUUCAACACCUUCCAACUCUUUUAACCCAAGUAUAAACUUCAAUCCAUUUUCGAAGUCUUCCUCAUCGUCAUCAUCUUCGGAUCAACCUAUAACACGAUCCAGAACGUUAUUUUAUCUGUCCGUUAGAGAUUCCUCAACUACGUACUCAUCGAAAAUCAGGAAAUCCGAUAGACAAUAUGGUGAUACGAUAGAUGUAGGAAAUGAUGAUGAGGAGGAACAGAUUGGUUUGAUAGGUGCUAGUAGUAGUCAAGGAGGGAAUUGGGAAAGAGGGAAAGGUCUACCUCCUAAAUGGGUCGAUAUAAGUGAUGAAGUUGAGGAGAUACUCUCAAGAGCUAAGAUAAAGAUCGCAACCCUCGAUAAACUUCAUGCCAAACAUGUCUUACCUGGAUUCACAGAUCGUUCAGCUGAAGAAAGGGAGAUUGAACGUCAGACAUCUGAUAUAACGAGAGAUUUCCGUCGUUGUACUUCUCUCAUAUCAUCAGUACAACCUGGACCCAGAGCAGCCCGAGUGGAAAUGAUGACUGCCAAGAACGUCCAAAGGGGUUUAGCUCAAAAAGUACAGGAUCUAUCGGGUGUAUUCAGGAAGAAGCAGAGGGUUUAUAUGCAAAAACUACAAGGACAUGCUAUAAAGAAUAAAGAUUUGAUGGUUGCGUCAGGAGCUAUGACACUGAAAGGAACGGAUUUACUUGAUGAAUUAGAAGAAGAUGAACAAGCUUCGCAAAAUCAAUUACAAUCACAAAGCCAAAUACAGCAACAAGGAACGGUAGCUGUUGAUAUCGAUAUCCAACAACGUACGAACGAAAUCACACAGAUCGCUUCAUCAAUAUCUGAAUUAGCGGAUUUGUUUAGAGAUUUAGGUAAUCUCAUUGUUGAGCAAGGAACAGUAUUGGAUAGUGUUGAAUACAACGUUCAAAUGACCGCAAGGGAACUGAAAGGUGCAGAAGAAGAGUUAAAGGUUGCUCAGAGGUAUCAAGCCAAUACAGGUCGGCGAAAAUGUAUAUUCUUCCUGAUACUUUGCAUAGUCGGCCUUAUAAUCAUUCUAAUAUAUAAACCUCGUUCAUCCCCCUCCCACCCAUCACCCUCGCCUACUACUUCUCCUUCUCUUCCUCUCUCAACAGGGUUAGAUGAUUAUCCGGUGAUAGGAGUUACACCCUCUCACAAGUCACUUAUGCAAGUAUCGGCUACCUCUGCCCCAUCUUCGAGACCUCAUAGACCAAUGCCUAAGCCUCCUCCACUGCCUAUACCAGUCGACGGAGUGGAUGAAUGGUGA